AUGGCUAUCUUAUUCUCUGCGUGUACUAGUUCCGAUCCAUUGAACUUGGAAUCUCUACUAACGGAAGAGGAAAUUGCCAUACGGUACGAAAAUCUCGCUCCCCGUGUACUGGAGGGCUGGCGGACGGAAAGAUUCAAUCAUGAUAUUCUUCCUGAAAUGGGUAAACUGGGGCUGCUUGGACCGACAAUUCAAGGCUACGGUUGCGCUGGGGUGAACAAUGUGGCUUAUGGCCUCAUUGCUAGAGAAAUUGAGCGCGUCGACUCUGGCUACCGGUCGACAGCAUCCGUCCAAUCGUCGCUUGUUAUGCACCCCAUCAAUGAGUUUGGGACUGAAGCACAGAAGGAGAGGUAUCUUCCUCGGUUAGCCAAGGGAGAAAUCGUUGGCUGUUUUGGACUGACUGAAGCAAAUCAUGGGUCCGACCCAGCUGGCAUGGAGACAACUGCUGAAGAAACUGAUGGUGGCUUUGUUCUCAAUGGAAGCAAGACUUGGAUAUCAAAUGCGCCUGUUGCUGACAUUUUUGUCAUCUGGGCUCGCUGCAAAUGGGAUGGUAAGGUCCGAGGUUUCGUUCUUGAGAAGGGUAUGAAAGGCUUGGAAGCGCCAGCCAUUAAGAACAAGGUGGCACUCCGGGCGUCAUUGACCGGCUCCAUUUUCAUGGACUCUGUUAGAGUGGGGCAUGACUCAUUACUCCCGCGUGGACAAGGCCUUAGUGCUCCUUUCUCCUGUCUGAAUAGUGCCCGGUAUGGCAUUUCAUGGGGUGUAAUGGGGGCUCUCGAGGAUUGUAUCCAAAAAACCCUCGCAUAUGCACUUGAGCGCAAGCAGUUCAAGCGACCGCUGGCAUCUUUCCAGCUUAUCCAGAAGAAGCUUGUAGACGCGCAAACUGAAGCAGCUCUUGGCUUGCAGGCCAGCCUUCAGGUUGGUAGACUGAAGGACACAAACAAGCUGGCCCCCGAAAUGGUCAGUAUGGUAAAGCGUAAUAACUGUGGAAAGGCCCUCCAGCACUCGCGAAUCAUUUUGGACAUUCUCGGAGGAAAUGCAUCAUCGGAUGAGUACCAUGUCGGUAGACACGUUGCAAAUUUACAGGUUGUGAAUACUUACGAAGCUGACAACCUAAUCCCUCUUUUAAUACAGGAUAUACACGGUCUCAUCCUUGGAAAGGCAAUGACUGGCAUUCAAGCAUUUGCUAAUUAG